CCGCAGCGGGCAAGCCCCGAGCCACUUUCCCGCCCCUCCUCUCGCCGCCGACACGCUCCGAGGAGUCACCACUCUGCGCGCUGCAGGAGAGAGCGGCAGACGGAGGCGGCCCCGGGGAGCGAGCCGGAGCGACGCCCGCGCGGCAGCGGCGGCUGCGGCGCUGACACCCCCCGGGCAGGGGGUCCCCGGCGGCCGGAGCGUUCCAUUUUGAACCCAAAGUGGAUGAUGCUGUCGGGGCUGAACCACUGACCAGAGUCUGAAAAAUUCCCAUCUUCUCGUUGGCCAUCCAUUGAGAUAAGAUGGAAGACUCUUACAAGGAUAGGACUUCACUGAUGAAGGGUGCCAAGGACAUUGCCAGAGAGGUGAAGAAGCAAACCGUAAAGAAGGUGAAUCAAGCCGUGGACCGGGCCCAGGACGAAUACACCCAGAGGUCCUACAGUCGGUUCCAAGAUGAAGAAGAGGAUGAUGACUAUUACCCGCCUGGAGAAACCUAUGAUGGGGAGGCCAAUGAUGAUGAAGGCUCCAGCGAAGCUACAGAGGGUCACGAUGAAGAUGAUGAGAUCUACGAAGGGGAGUAUCAGGGCAUCCCCAGUAUGAGCCAAGGGAAAGACAGCAUCGUGUCAGUGGGGCAGCCCAAGGGUGAUGAGUACAAGGACCGACGGGAGCUGGAGUCAGAGAGGAAAGCUGACGAGGAGGAACUAGCCCAGCAGUAUGAGCUGAUAAUCCAGGAGUGUGGUCACGGUCGUUUUCAGUGGGCCCUUUUCUUCGUCCUGGGCAUGGCCCUGAUGGCGGAUGGCGUGGAGGUGUUUGUCGUUGGCUUCGUGUUGCCCAGCGCUGAGACAGACCUAUGCAUACCAGAUUCAGGAUCCGGCUGGCUAGGCAGCAUAGUGUACCUCGGGAUGAUGGUGGGGGCGUUCUUCUGGGGAGGCCUGGCGGACAAAGUGGGAAGGAAGCAGUCUCUUCUGAUUUGCAUGUCUGUCAACGGAUUCUUUGCCUUCCUUUCUUCAUUUGUCCAAGGUUAUGGCUUCUUUCUCUUCUGUCGCUUGCUUUCUGGAUUCGGGAUUGGAGGAGCCAUUCCCACCGUGUUCUCCUACUUUGCUGAAGUGCUGGCCCGAGAGAAGCGGGGCGAGCAUCUGAGCUGGCUCUGCAUGUUCUGGAUGAUUGGCGGCAUCUACGCCUCUGCUAUGGCCUGGGCCAUCAUCCCGCACUACGGAUGGAGCUUCAGCAUGGGGUCGGCCUACCAGUUCCACAGCUGGCGUGUGUUCGUGAUCGUCUGCGCGCUCCCCUGCGUCUGCUCGGUGGUGGCCCUCACGUUCAUGCCUGAGAGCCCGAGGUUCCUGUUGGAGAUUGGAAAGCACGAUGAAGCUUGGAUGAUUCUGAAGUUAAUUCAUGACACCAACAUGAGAGCACGGGGCCAGUCUGAGAAGGUUUUCACAGUAAACAGAAUCAAAACUCCAAAGCAAAUAGAUGAGCUGAUUGAAAUUGAGAGUGACACAGGAACGUGGUACAGGAGGUGUUUUGUACGGAUCCGCACAGAACUGUAUGGGAUUUGGUUGACGUUUAUGAGAUGUUUCAACUACCCAGUCAGGGAAAACACAAUAAAGCUUGCAAUCGUUUGGUUCACCCUGUCCUUUGGGUACUAUGGAUUGUCUGUUUGGUUCCCUGAUGUCAUCAAACACCUGCAGGCAGUCUCCUUGCCAAUGAGAGAUGUGCCAAGAGAGAGAUAUGCAAAUUUUACGAUUAACUUUACCAUGCAAAAUCAGAUUCAUACUGGAAUGGAAUACGACAAUGGCAGAUUCCUAGGAAUCAAGUUCAAAUCUAUAACUUUCAAAGAUUCGGUUUUUAAGUCCUGCACCUUUGAGGAUGUGACUUCAGUUAACACCUACUUCAAGAACUGCACGUUUAUUGAUACUGUCUUUGACAACACAGAUUUUGAGCCAUAUAAAUUCAUUGAUAGCAAAUUUCACAACUGCUCAUUUUUUCGCAACAAGACGGGAUGCCAGAUUACCUUUGAUGAUGACUAUAGUGCCUACUGGAUUUAUUUUGUCAACUUCCUGGGGACACUGGCGGUGUUGCCAGGGAACAUCGUGUCUGCUCUCCUGAUGGACAGAAUUGGGCGCUUAACAAUGCUAGGUGGCUCUAUGGUACUUUCUGGGAUCAGCUGUUUCUUCCUUUGGUUCGGCACCAGCGAAUCCAUGAUGAUAGGCAUGCUGUGUCUGUACAACGGCUUGACCAUCUCAGCCUGGAACUCUCUUGAUGUGGUCACAGUGGAACUGUACCCCACGGACCGGAGGGCAACAGGCUUUGGCUUCUUGAAUGCCCUAUGCAAAGCAGCAACCGUCCUUGGAAACCUAAUCUUCGGCUCCCUGGUCAGCAUCACUAAAGCCAUCCCCAUCCUGCUGGCCUCCACCGUGCUUGUGUGCGGAGGACUGGUGGGGUUGCGCCUGCCGGACACACGAACCCAGGUCUUGAUGUAACGGGAAAAAAGCCAUCCGUCCUGUGUUUCUUUCUCCUGCCCUGUGUCAACCCUCCCGACUGACUCAAGGCUUCAGAUGUUUCAACUAUAAAAAGGUGGUCAAAUAUCAGAACGCUAACUCUUGCUGUGACUAAAAUUCAGAUGCAUGCAUGUCUUGCCCCUUCAAUGUGAUUUUGCACAUUUUUUUAACGCAUUGAUAUUUUUCCUAACUGCGAUGCUACUGCCUCCCAGGAAUCAAUGGAAGCAUUUUUUCAAAUGUUCUAGUCAGCCGGGCCUCCCUAAGCUUCCGCUCAGUGAAGGUUCAGAAGCUCAGAAGAGGACUGUGCUGCCGUAAGAAAUAGAUCCUGCUCCUGUUUCAACAUCCACAGGAAAUCUAAGUUGGCAUAUAAUUGUAUUUGUGCUGAGGAGAGGGAUUCCUUUUUUUUUUUUUUCAAACAGAGUGAUAUUUCCUGUUUACUUAGAAAAGGAUACCCAGCAAUUCUUGCUGUGACAGCAGGGCCUUUCAAAGAAAACCAUGUGGUACCAAACAGAGCUGGGUGGGGCUCUUUCAGGCAUGACAAUUGAGGUGACUCCGCUAACAAGAAAAAUAAAGGCUGUGCACUUCGCUGCAAAGAUCUGAGUGAGCUGCAUAAGCAAGAUUUCUGCCGGAAAGCCCAAUUAAACUUCUAAAAAAUAGGAGGAAAAGGGACCGUCAGUGUCUGUGAUUGUGGCAUGUGGAUCAGAAUGUCAGAAAAUCAGAUCAGAGAAAGAGAGCUUCUGCCUCCAUUUACCCCGCGUCUCCCCACCUCCCCCAGCUGCCGCUCGUCUUGCCAGAGAGCAGGUGCAAGGAAAGAAAGCCACCUUCUAAAACCUGGGUCUGCCUACCUGGUCCCGCCGGCCAUCCAGACUCUCUCCAGUCCAGAGACUGUCAGUCAUCUGAGUUAUACAUUGCAAGUUAGGAAGAAAUUCACACCUAAAGCCAUUUGGAAAUGCAAAAUGAUACCUCGAGGGUACCACUUUCCUGAGGAACAGUGCCCCCGGGUAGUUGAUAUUGGACUUUCUGGCUGGCAUCACUGAAGUGGGUCCCGUUCCUCCAGUUUCCGCUGGGCUGGGGCACUGGGCACUGUGUUCCUGGCUGCCGGCUCUGUGUGAAAUCACAGCCUGCCAUUCUCCAAGGGCCCCUCUAGCAGACAACGGCAGCAUCUCCUGGUGGGUUUUGGCUGCUCAUUUUACCUCUGAAUCUGCCGGGCCUGGAAGAGAGAGGUCAGCAGGACAUUCCCACGGGCUGGCAGCUCCGUGACCUUCUCACCCCUCGGGCCUGCCCCUCCUCCAAGCUUGUCCUUUUUACUCAUCUUCUUUGAAAUUGGCAGCCUCCUUGUAGACUUGCAGUGAUGACCAGCAGCCAGGAAUAAAUCCCAUAUCAAAACAUUCCUUUUUUACUCUCUGUCCUGUUAGAGGGUUAUCUUCAUUACUUAUUAUAGGCAUUUCCAGCAGGCCACAGCCCUGGGGCCUCGGGGAGGGGACUGCCUUUGUUUGCAGUAGUCAUUACAUCCAAAGAUGUCUUAACCCCAGAGGCCACUCUGCCUCCCUGCUCCCCCCACCCCACCCCGCAGUGAUCCUCCUGGAGCUCCAGACUGCAGGGUUCAGAUUCCCUGAAAAGCUGCUUUCAUUAACAUAAGCUAUUAAUCACCUCCCCCUUAAAGUAGUUCGAGUCUGUAGAGGGGGCAGCCUGGGGUGGGGGGCUGGCAGGAAGAAGGUGCUUCCCUGGGGACACAGGCUCAGAGCCAGAACAUCAGGAAAGUUCAAGCCAAAAGCUACAAAGGUGGCAGGAAGAAGGAAACUCAAUAAAAACUAGAUGAGAUCUAUGAGACUGAUAUCAGCAAAGCAGGGAAGAAACAGAACCUGCCCUCCUCCCCUGCCCUGCCCCGCCUGCCCCCUCCUGUGAUUUAUUGGAGGACAAAGAUGGCAGUCAGACAACCCAAGAAGGUACCCUUCUGUUACUCCUCUUCCAUAGGUAUUUGUUCCCCACCUACCUACCCCUUGAUUUAUCUUGUUAAAAAAGACCUAUCUGGGGACCUGAGCAGGUUUUUCUAGUUGAACGUAGCACGCGCAGUGAUAACCGCAGACGUGGGAUGUGUGUCCCCGUCAAGCCAUUCAACAGAAGAUAGAAAUGGGCACGGAGGCCGCUCUUGAGCCUUCCAUGAUGGUUAACUUUGCUCCCUGGGCCACCUUACUUUGAGAAAUGUCUGUUGUGGCUCUAAAUGCAUAAAAUAUCUCCCAAGCUGCAGAGCGCAGUGUACACGGAAUUUUGCUCGCACGCUGAGUUGGGUCAGAAUAGGAGGAACCAGCAGAACCCCACCUCCUGAGACCUGCCAGCGUGCCUCUCCAGAAGGGCUUUUCUUGGCCUUCUUGUCACCUAAUCCGAGCCCCCCAGGUGGCCCAAGAGGGGUCUAUUCUAAUUUCCUGGACAGUCUGUGGUCACAAACCUUCUUGGUCACCACCUCUUCCACCUUCCGUGCAGUUUUCUCUGCCUCCCCCAUGUUGCUCCCAUCACCCUGAUUCCCUACGAGAGAGCUCAGGUUGUUCCCAAAUAUGUGGUGUGGCCUGUCUGGCUUGUCCUGGGUUGGCUGGAGUAAGACACAGCCGUGCGAGUAAACAGAAACUCUCAGUUCUAUCCGAAUGGCAACUGGCACAGGACAUGCAACCAGCCUCCCGUUUCAUCCACAGUGGAAGGAAAACGCGAGUACGUGCAAAGAGAGAGCCUAGGGGACAGUCCCACUUGCUCCGAUAUCUCUAACUCCCUUUCUGUCUAAAAUUUCCUCACAGCUCUUUGGAAUCCAUCCAGAAUGCUCCUGAAUCCUUUUAUUAUCGCUGGGUCCUCUCAGUAGGAAAAAAACUCAGCUGCUCUAAACUGUAAAUCCUGUACCACAUUACACCCCAAGUAAUGGGUCUUACAGCACCCAGCUCGCCUUCAACCCUGCUGCCUUGGAAGCCAAACCCAGCAGCCAGGGAUCAUGUGACACCCAGAGAGAAGAUGGAAGGGUCCUAGGCCAAGCUCCACCACCAGCCAACAGAGACCCAGAUCUUGCUGGGGAGAAUGGAGGGCACUGAACAUCUCUGGUCCUCAGUUUCCCCGUCUGUUGAGCAUAGACUUGCAACUAGUGCAAGAUUCUAGAGGAUCUUCAUGAAAAUGGCUUCAUCUUAUUAACUACCUUCUUCUGAUGCUAACCUCAUCUUUACAAGGGCCAAGUAGGUUUAGUUUAGAAACUGAAAAAUUAGGAAAUAGGCAAGCAUGCAGGAGCUCAGAAAGUGGUUUGGGAAGCCCCUGUGGAGUAGUCCAGAGAACACAGUUCCUGUGAUGUUUGUGCUGCCAGCUUUUUAGGAUCCUGAGCAUCAUCUCCGUUCCACACUGGCUUGACAGUUAUCAUUGCCUGCCCAGGAAAGGGACCCCCUCCCACCCCCCGCCAGCAGAUACACACGGUUAGAAGACUCUCUGAUCGCAGUACUAUUGCAAAGGCCGUGUCUUGGAGCUCCCCGGACUCUCUACCCCGUUUUACUCUUGAAACGUGGUCUUUAGUAGACUGAGGCCGUCAGAAACAGUCUUUAAGUGAUUUCACCAAAGUUGGCAAAUGCACCUUUAUUUACAAAUCUCAUGAAAUCAGAGUUCAGGUUUGCACCAAAAACUGCUUAGCCACUUCUCUGAGUGUCUUGAGAUAUCAAGGGAGAGAUGGGAAAGGUAGUGACAGAAGAGAGGGUCUAAGACAUCAUUGAGAAGGUUCCAGAAAAGAGAUUCAGGCACAGCGAGACUUUCUAAGCCCUGGGAUCAUUUUAAAAGCAUUCCACGGGAACACCUUCUGAUUGCCUCUGCCAACAAAAAUAGAAUAUGAUAUUCUCCAUUUUUUUCUGUUUAAUAUCAAAAUGGCCUUUACCUAUUUUUUCAAUAAAACAACUCACCUGUAUAUGCA